CAAAGACCAGAGUAGCCAUUUACUACAAUACCCAGAACACUCCUGCAGCUGCGUCAGACGCAAUCACGUCCCCGUUAUGGGCUCCUGGAUUUAAAAGUGGAGUCGCAAUAUUUUCUAUCAACUCAAACAUGAACUGGGACAAUCAGCUGAGCUCCAUCCUGUCUGUUGCAGAUGGCAGCGUUGCAAAGAUGAGGGAGAGACUGACCUCACCAGGGAAAUUCUCCAAAGGAGGAGAAGAUUUGUUUCCAGUAAGGGAGCGGAUUCAUGACUCAGAUUUGGACCCUCCUGCUCUUCCCCCUCGAGCCCCCCUUCUCCGACAGCCUUCCCCAUCUCCCAGUGCUGGUGUGCAGUGGGCAGACCUAGCUGCCAUCCAAUCACAACUCCAGAUUCAGAGCCAGGCGAUUGAGUCUCUCACCCAGAAACUCCAUGACAUGGAAAGGGAGAGACAGUCACAACAAUGUCACAUCCAGACGCUAGAAGAGGAGGUUCACAGGCUGCAUGAGGCGCUGAGGGAGAGUGAAAGAGAGAGGGGCGAAUCGAGGAGGGGACAAAGUCCAGGAGCAGAGAGAAGGAUGGAGCAGUGGAGGAGAGAGGUGGGACGUGAGCUGAGCAGUCUGCGGGGACACAUCACCAGAGCCACGUCGCUAGGCAACCUGGAGGAGAGUUUCAGCUCAAAGCUUCGACGAGAGGAGCUGGAACACCUGCGGCGGGAGGUGGACCAACUGAAAACAAAGCUAAGGAGACAGGAGGAGGACGUGUUCCUCCAGCAGGCAGAGGCCAGAGAGACCAGGAGACAAUACGAACGCAGCUGCAAGACACUGGAGGAGCUGACAGACAGCUACAGAACUCACAGCACUGAUCUGGCAAAGACUGUCUCUCAGUAUUCACAGACACAGCAAGAGGUACACCAGAUCAGAACAAUUGUGUCAGAACUGAAAGAAGAGGUCAGGAGUCUUAUUCUUCGAGAACGUGAACCAACACAUUUGCUGUCAGCACACACAUCAGGGGCAUCUCCCCUCACACUCCCUCACAACCACAGUAGAGGAGUCAGGGUUGAAGAGCCAGACUCUGACUCGGAAGACUUCAGCCCGACCCCAAGCCUGGCCGAGGUCAGCUCAGAUGAUCUGUCAUGGCUGGAUGACAAAGACCCUGCUCUUCAUCAGAAGCCGCGUGUACGUCUGAGUGUUCAGUCCAGACGGAGCGACUUUGCCGGUCCAGGAUCUGAUCUGGAGGACGGUGACAAUGAUGACGAUGGUGAUGAUCUCCUCGAUCUUGACGAUGUGAACCCAGAUUUAGGAUCUGAUCUAAGUCUUAAUGACCUCUGACCUGUUCUAAGGUGAAGUGUGAUUUUUAUUUGGGCAGACAGACAUUUCUUCUAAUUCUUCUAAUACACUACCUGAGAUGUAUUAAUACUUCUAAAUUGAUUUGAUGAGUGGAGUUAGAGCUCUGUUGCAAAAAAACCCAAACUUUAAAAAUAGAAAUAGUCAGGAAAACAACCAGCCAUAUGGCUUAUUUCCUUUGCUGCCCCAAGGGAAAGGGAAAGCAAACAAAGAAAGGCAAUAGACUUGGCAUGGCAACAGUGGCACAUACAUAUUACAGGGAGUUAUUACAGUAGCAUCCAUAAGUUUUUGGACAGUUUUCAUAGUUUUGUCACAUUUCAAACCCAGCACCACAGUGGUUUGAAACGAAGCCAUCAAGAUGUAAUUGAGGUGUAGACUUUCAGCUUUAACUCCAGGGGUUUAACAAAAAUAUUGCAUUAACCGUUUAAGAAUUACAGCCAUUUUUAUACAUGGUCCCUCCAUUUUCAGAGGCUCAAAAGUAAUUGGACAAACAAACAUCACCAUAGAUGGAAGGAUUAUUUUUAGUACUUGAAUGAAAAUCCUUUGCAGUCAAUGCCUGCCUCAAGUCUGGAACCCAAAUGCUGAGUUUUCUCCCUUGAGAUGCUUCAGUAAAUGAAAAGCAUGUUCAGUUACAUUGAAGUCAGGUAAUUGACAUGGCCACUGAAGAAUAUUCCAGUCCUUUGCCUUGAGAAGCUCUUGGAUUGCUUUUGCAGUAUGUUUUAGGUCGCUUUCCAUCAUCCUGUUAGUGAUGCAGCUUUUAGCUGAAUCUGAGCAGAUAACACAGCCCUGCAUACUUCAUAAUUCAUCCUGCCACCUCUAUCAGCAGUCACAUCAUCAAUAAACACCAGUGACCCAGUUCCAUUGGCAGCACUACAUGCCCAUGCCUCCACCAUGUUUGACAGAUGAUGUGUUGUUCUUUGGAUCAUGAGCCAUCCAAAGAAUCUUGUUCCAGAACUGGAUAGGCUUUUUUAGGUGUUUUCAGGCAAAGUCUAAUCUGGUCUUUGAGUUCUUGAGUUAACACUGGCUUGCACUGUGUGGUAAACCCUCUGUAUUUACAUACAUGAAGGCAUCUCUUGAUUGUAGACAUUAGCAAUGAUACAGCCACCUCCUCAAAGGUAUUCUUGACCUGGCUAGAUGUAAUUUGUCAUGAUGUAACGAGGGAAUGGGCCACGUCUGGCCAUGAAAGUUAUCAUCAGAUUGAUUGACUGUCCAAUUACUUUUGAGCCUCUUACAAUAUAUUAAAAUCGCUUUAAAUGCUGUGGGACUCUACACUUCAGUCACAUCUUGCUGGCUUUGUUACAAAUCCACUGUGGUGGUAUACAGAGGCAAAAUUAUGAAAAUUGUUUCACUGUCCAAAUACAUAUUGACCCGACUGUAUGUCGUCCUACUUUGUGUCAUAACUGCUUAAAAGACCUGCUUGGAUAUGAUGUGUGAUAAAUUGUGGGGGAAAUUUCUUUUUAGUGUGGGAAAUUCUCAGAUGCUAUUUAUAAACAGUUUCCCCCCAUGGGAUUAAUACAAUUCAUCUGUUCUUAUUUGUGAGAGUAACAGAAGUGUUAGGGACUCAGGAAAGACUACACAGUGUCAAACUAGUUUUAAUCUUUUUUCUUUUACCUAAUUUGACUUGAAACAGUUUAGUCCUGUGUGACACCCAGCCUCUUGCUACCACAGUACUGAAGCAAACCACCGACAAAUGCACUCUGAACAAAUUCUGAUUUGUUCAUGUGUCUUUGUUUUAAACGGUAUUCAUCAACCUAUUGUUUCCCCUCAGUCUAGUUAGUAAUGAGGCUGAGGACUGUACAAACUGCUGAGAACUGUUAAAGCCACAAAUUCUCUUGAAAUAAUUUGCAGUAACUAUGUCCACAUGUACAGACUGAUAGGAUGCUGGGAACAAACUAUGGAGACAGGCAGCUGUUUCAAGAACCAAGAUUCUUGUGCGAGUUUCUCAUUCAGAAAACAUCUCCUCUUAUGAUGGGGGAUGGCAAAGCUUUGUGUCAGCAAAGAGGCAAACACCCUCUACACCCAUGUUGUUGCGCAUUGCUGAUAAUAAAUUAUGGGUCCUGCCAGAGUUAAGGACAGAAGCUCUGUGAUUGGCCAGCCAAACCCCUAGGUUUGCUUUUAGGCAAGACGAGAUUAAAAAUAGUUAGGCUUAGGUUUGUUAUGAUUACAGAUUGUUGGGGUUAGACUUUCAUCUUUUCCCAUAACUACAGUGAAAUCUGGUCCAUCCAUUCAUCACAGUGCUUUUGAUUUGCAAAAUAAGAGCUGACAGUAUGCUAUGUAUAUUGCCAUAAGCUGGUAUUUUUGAAUUAAUCAAUUUGUUAAAUGACAAAAACAUUUUAUUUUAACUUAAUGAUAUUGAACUUUGACAAGGUCUGAUGACUUGAUUUGCGUUCAUAUAUCAGAAAAGAUUGACAGUACCUUUUAGCUUUUAAGUUCUGGUGAUCAUUUGCUAUAUGAAAUGCUACACUGUUCACUGUAGCAGUGUAAUGGAUAUUUAAUGCGUUUUUCUUCCUGACAUAACGCACUCUUAAAUCCAGAAGGAAUCCGAUGAGGGAUGGGGUUUUGAUUCCUGGUAAUGCAGCUGAAGUGAGGGCAAAGAGGAACCAAAAACCAUUAUCGAGGCGCCAACACCCCCCACAACCUCCACUGUGAUCUCUUUAUAUGUUCACAGCUCAGUUAAGACAGUCAAAAGUCUCUUUAUGUUGUCUUGUCUGACAUGAGUCACACUGUGCCAAGCUUGGUGUCAAGCUGUUAAAUAUUUCAGCAUCCAGACACCCCCCAUCGAGGAUCCCAGACCACAGUGCAGAGUCCUGGGGGAGCUGAUGGGAAGCUUACGUGUGUUCAGCAGGCUGUGUAUAUGGAGGUUUGGAUCGCAAAAGUGACCACAGAUGCUUUUCAGCUCAUCUAACAGGACAAAUUGUCUCACUAGUCAAUAGUGAGUAAUAAAAUACCUUCUAGAAAACAGUAAAUGGCACAGCACAGUGCACAACAGUAUUUUAACAAACCUCCUCUAACAUGCUCUUAUUGUACGUACAGCUGUUAAUAUUGUGGUUGAAGAGACAUUCAAUGAAGAAGACGCUCAUCUAUUUGGUGUUGUGGCAACAUAGUGGUUGAUGAAUCAGACUGCUGCUUUCUACUGCUGUUUUAUUACAUUUGCCAAGUAUUGCGCAGCAGUGCUGCAGUAUAGCAGUGUCCUCUUUCACUGUCUGUAAAAGAAAUGUUUUGUGUUUUGUCUCCAACAAUAAAAGUCUGUGUUAAAGAUGAAAGAGA